UAGUGAGAGGAGGAGGAGAAGGAGGACGUGCUCCGACAAAAGAGACGUCACCCUGGAUUGUGGACUCUUUUUUCCCGGGAGAGGUGAGCUCCGAGCCCGGGCGCCGACUAUUCAAGAUGGGCGUCUGUGACAAGAAGGUCGUCGUUGCCAUGAAGACGCCUGGCCGCCGCUGAACCUCGACGUCUCCUCCCCCCUCCUCCCCUCCUCCCUCUCCCCAUGCGCGGCAAGCACCACCACCACCACCACCACCACCACCACCCGCCGCCGCUGAGGUUGACGGCGCCCUGGGAGAAGGAUGCCGUCUCCGGGCGGAAGCUCAACGCGGCCGCGCGGCCCCCCAGCAAGAUGAUCGCGCAGCCCGGCGUCGUGAUGAAGGUGCUGCGCAGGAAGCGGAUGGGGCUGUUCCUGGCCUACUUCCUGCUGCUGGUGCUCACCAUGCUCAACCUGGCCAACUACAAGUGGACCCGGGAGCCCCAGCCCUGCGGGCACCUGCAGGCCAGGGGCCCCGGCCUGCAGCGCCCGGACCCGCGGCUCCUCUACCGCCCCUCGCUGGCCAGGAGGCGCCAGCUCAUCUACGUGCUCACCACCUGGAGGUCCGGCUCCUCCUUCUUCGGGGAGCUCUUCAACCAGAACCCGGAAGUGUUCUUCCUGUACGAGCCCAUGUGGCACAUCUGGCAGAAGCUGUACCCGGGGGACGCCGUGUCCCUGCAGGGGGCCGCCCGGGACAUGCUGAGCGCCUUGUACCGCUGCGACAUGUCCGUCUUCCAGCUCUACAACAGCCCCGGGGGCAAGAACUUCACCUCGCUGGAGAUCUUCGGCGCCACCCUCAACAAGGUGGUGUGCUCCUACCCCAUGUGCUCGGCCUACAGGAAGAAGGCGGUGGGCCUGGUGGACGACAAGGUGUGCAAGAAGUGCCCGCCUCUCAGCCUGCGCCUGCUGGAGGACCAGUGCCUGAAGUACGGCACGGUGGUCAUCAAGGGCGUGCGCAUCCUGGACGUCAACGUGCUGGCGCCGCUCAUGGAGGACCCCUCCCUGGACCUGAAGGUGAUCCACCUGGUGCGGGACCCCCGGGCGGUGGCCAACUCCCGCAUCAAGUCCAGGCACGGGCUCAUCCGGGAGAACCUGCAGGUGGUGCGCAGCCGAGACCCCAAGCUGCGCCGCGUCCCCUUCGUGGACCCGGGCCACAAGGCCAACAAGAAGGACGGCUCCGACUACCACUCCAUCGGCGCCAUGGAGGUGAUCUGCGACCGCACCUCCAGGACUCUGAGGACCGCCUUGAACCCGCCCGGCUGGCUGAAGGGGAAGUACCUGGCGGUGCGCUACGAGGACCUGGUGGAGAACCCGGUCAAGACCCUGCGCCGGGUCUACCGCUUCGCCAACCUGACCAGCAACCACGACAUGGAGUCCUUCGCCCUCAACAUGACCGGGGGCUCCGGCUCCUCCUCCAAGCCCUUCAUCGUCUCGUCCCGGAACGCCACCCAGGCGGCCUCCGCCUGGAGGACGGUGCUGAGCAUCCAGCAGAUCAAGCAGGUGGAGGACUACUGCCACCAGUCCAUGUCCGUGCUGGGCUACGAGCGGGUCCGGACCGCCGGCGAGGCCAAAGACCUCGGCAAGUCCCUGCUGACUCGCUCCAGACUGUAAGCGCCAAAGACGCCAUCUUGUUUUCUACUGACUGGGCGCCGAAAAGGGGGCGGGGUAAAGGAGGGGCCCAUGAUGGAGGGCGGCCCCUAAUGAUGAUGAAAUUAUAAUACAGACAAAAUAAUAAAGACUCUUAGCGGCGCCCCUGCUUCUCCAUCUUCUCCUCCUGGCCAGGAAGUGGAACCGGGAGGAAGUGAUGUCAUCGUUUAAGGAAGACAAUCAAUGAGGGAUGUUUAGUUGUUUUUUUUGGUAGUUUUCUUGUUGAUGUUUACAAGCUGUCACCCAGUAAACACGCUCAGAGUCACCCUGCUUGCUGGAUUCAUUUGGACUCCAGAGAGCGAGCGCUAAGUGACAUUAAAGGCCGAGCCGAGUCAGCUUCGAUUCUUCUCCUUAGCGCCGCUGGCCGCGAUGCGAGCGUCGGAGGCGGGGGUCCGCUGACCAAUCACAGCAUGUUUUCAUACUUUCAUUUUCAAAACCAAUAAAAUAUGUCGAUUUUUUUUUAACCCUUAAGUGUCAUUACUAAAUAAAUAAAUAAAAAAGUGACCUAUUUAAGACUCCAAUUAGCUCACACCAAAUAUUCCACUAUUUUUUUUUUUAAAUAUUUUGUGUUUUUGCCAUUAAAAAGGUUUUCUGUAAAAAAAAAAAAAAAAAAGAAUAAAACUGAUCUGAAGUUGAUCUACAGAUUUAAGGGUUAAAAAAAAAAAUCAGAAUACAUUUUGACUUAUUUUUAAUAUUUAUGAGUGGGACCAUUUUGGAGAAUUUUAGUGGGAUUUUUUUUA